AUGGGGGCCUUGGACCCGGAAGUGGCGCCCUGGGCUCGCGGCGGUGCCGCGGGGAUGGCGGGCGCUGGUGCGGGAGCGGGAGCUCGAGGCGGGGCGGCGACAGGGGUCGAGGCCCGGGCUCGCGAUCCACCGCCUGCGCACCGUGCACAUCCCCGCCACCCUCGGCCCGCAGCACAGCCCUCGGCCCGCAGGAUGGACAACGGGUCGGGGGACCUGGGUUCCGCAGAAAACACCCCCACCACCGAGGCGCUUUUUGUGGCUCUGGGCGCAGGUGUGACAGCUCUCAGUCACCCGCUGCUCUAUGUGAAGUUGCUCAUCCAGGUGGGUCAUGAGCCAAUGCCCCCCACCAUUGGGACCAAUGUACUGGGGAGAAAGGUCCUCUACCUGCCAAGCUUUUUCACCUACGCCAAGUACAUCGUGCAGGUGGAUGGGAAGAUAGGGCUGUUCCGAGGCCUGAGCCCCCGGCUGAUGUCCAACGCCCUCUCCACUGUGACCCGGGGCGGCAUGAAGAAGGUUUUCCCUCCCGAUGAGAUUGAGCAUGUUUCCAACAAGGACGAUAUGAAGACCUCUCUGAGGAAGGUUGUGAAGGAGACCUCCUACGAGAUGAUGAUGCAGUGCGUGUCCCGCAUGCUGGCCCACCCCCUGCACGUCAUCUCGAUGCGCUGCAUGGUCCAGUUUGUGGGACGAGAAGCCAAGUACAGUGGAGUGCUGAGUUCUAUUGGGAAGAUCUUCAAAGAAGAGGGGCUGCUGGGAUUCUUCGUCGGCUUAAUCCCUCACCUCCUGGGCGAUGUGGUUUUCUUGUGGGGCUGUAACCUGCUGGCCCAUUUCAUCAAUGCCUACCUGGUGGAUGACAGCGUGAGUGACACCCCAGGGGGGCUGGGGAACGACCAGAAUCCAGGUUCCCAGUUCAGCCAGGCUCUGGCCAUCCGAAGCUACACGAAGUUUGUGAUGGGGAUUGCAGUCAGCAUGCUCACCUACCCUUUCCUGCUGGUCGGUGAUCUCAUGGCUGUGAACAACUGCGGGCUGCAGGCCGGGCUUCCCCCGUACUCCCCAGUGUUCAAAUCCUGGAUCCACUGCUGGAAGUACCUGAGCAUGCAGGGCCAGCUCUUCCGCGGCUCCAGCCUGCUUUUCCGCCGGGUGUCAUCAGGAUCAUGCUUUGCCCUCGAGUAA